GUUAAACGGGCCAAGUUGUGCGUUGCGUCGAAUUGCGCUGUCUCGACUCCACUCCCCAGGCUGCUGCAUUUCGAGUGCGUCGCGUCGGUUGGGCUCUGACUUGGCUGCCUGGCGGCGAGGCAGAGAACAAGGCAUAGGCCAAGGCAAAUGCAGCGCAAAUGCAGCGCGUCCUAAUAUCAAACCCAAACAUAAAAGUCUCGCGAUCUGCCCUCGAAUAGACAACAUCAGUUUCGUCCUCAUCGCCAGUAAUAAUUAAUUCAGAAUCACGCAAAAAACUCAUGCAAAGUUUCAAUCAAUCACCAUGUCGACAGCCAGCAGCGACCUGCCGUUCACCGGAUUCACCUUCAGCGACGCCGUCUCGGCGCUCAACGUCUCCCCAGCGGCAUACAAGGCCUCGCACCCGAGCAUCACAGGCGGGCUCGUCGUCGGCGCCGUCGUCAUCGUCGGCAACAGCCCGCCGCGCAUGCUGCUCAUCCAGCGCGCGCCGAGCGACGGCUGGCCGCUGAACUGGGAGUGUCCCGGCGGCGGCGUCGACGCGCAGCUCGACGCGACACUGCUGCAGGCGGUCGCGCGCGAGCUGUUCGAGGAGAGCGGGCUCGUGGCCGCGCACAUCGAGGCCGUGCUGGAAGAGUACGAGUUUGGCGACGGCGGCGACCGCUGGCGCAAGAUCACCUGCCUGGUGCGCGUCGAGCACGACGGCCGGCACGACGCGCCGCCGCCGCCCGUGACGCUGGCGCCCGACGAGCACUGCGACCAUGUUUGGGCGUCCGAGGAGGAGGUCAGGCUCGCAAAGUGCGACGGCAGGGAAAUUAGGUUUGCUUACGACGGGGCCGUGAAGCAAACUUUUGUGGAUGCGCUCCAGAGACAUGGCGCGGUUUGACUAUUGCCGUCGAGACUAGGGGGGAUAUGUCAUUAGGGGUUUGGGGGUUUAAUUACGGCAGCUACAGUAUUUAAUAGAGCAGUAGUAGGAUUGUGCCUGCUUGUUCGUCCAAAGUUUGCAGAGCCGUGAGCCGAGGCGGCGGCAAAGGGGCAGCUGACAACAAUAUCCACUUCUCCUUGCCUCAUGGGGCUAGCUACAACCGCGAAUCGCAGCAUUGGACUUGACCAAAACAGCAGCUGUCAAAGUAGGUAGCGACGACCCUUCCGCAUGAUGUGCAGGAUCAAUAGAGUUGGGACGUGACUCAGGCGGCAAAGGCCUUGUGUAGGAAGCCUGGUAAUCCUACAAUUAAACUAAGAGAGUGCAGCAAUGCGGUCACUAGGCGGGUAAAAAACUAAUUACU